GUUGCUCCUACUCCAUUCGCUGGCCAGUGGCCACACGCUGCCGCACUGGGCGUUCCUCCUUUUCUUCUUUCCUCGCACGCCGCCGGGGUGCUGCUCACCACGGCCACGGCGGCUCUCGGAUCUGGACCAGCCGCACAGUAGCCAGCUAGCUACGCCAGCGCAGGCGGCAUCCAUCACCGGAAGCCUGCAGACAGCGGCCGACAUCCACGGCCCAGCAACGUAGCUCCGGUCGCCUCCUCCUGCCCGCAGCCGCAGGGCAGUCACGUCGCCGUCUCGCUGCUGCUGGAUCCGGUCUCUCCAAGCGAGCACCGUGAACCGGCCCAUUCAAGCCCAUACAAACAAGAACGCUUUCGUCCCCCUUUCAGGCGGCGGCGGCGGUGCGCGGUCGGAUCUUCUUCCCUCCCGGCGCGCUAAUUUGGGGUCGAAGCAAAGCAAGCACCCACGAGCUGCGCCGUCUCCAUGCCUCCCUCUGAAACUAAGCGGAGGGACUGGGCUGGUCUCGGGGACGGGCUGGCGGGGAUGAUCGCCGACCGCGUCCUCGCCUACGACGUCGCCGACUACCUCCGCUUCCGCGCCGUGUGCGGCCCGUGGCGGCGGUGCUGCGCGGACCCGCGCGCGCACGGCGGCCUCGACCGCCGGUUCCAUCCCCGGCGGUGGCUCAUGCUCCGGGAACCUCGGGAGCGGAUCGACGCCCCCAACCGCCGCCGCUUCCUCAACUCCUCCACCGGCGAGUGCAUCCAGGUCCACCUCCCGGAGCUCCACAACCAGGAGGUGCUCGCCCUCACCGCCGAGGGCCUGCUCGUCGUGCUCGACUGGCCGCGGAGCACCAAGGUCCAGCUGCUCAACCCGCUGACGCGCCAUGUCACCCAGCUCCCGCCGCUCACCGCGCUGGUGUCCCAUCAGGGGAACGACUGCCUCCUUUUCACCGCCGCUUUCGACACCCACUUCCCGGCCUGGGGCUCCGGCGUUCUCAGCGAUGAUUCCACGGUGGCGCUCUCCUUCAACAGGCUCAACAUUCUCGGCAUGGCAAAGCCCGGCGAUGACCACUGGACGGUGUUAGAGUUCCGCAAUCCGCUGCAGACGGCUUCCUCAAUGGUCGCGGGACGGUUCUACUGUGUCACCAUUGACGGCGUCAUGGUGCUGGAGGAUCAGCCGCCGCGCUUGGAGCUGGCUGCCAGGCUGCCUAUGCCGGUUUCCCCGACGUCAGAUACCGUGCACCUGAUGGACAACGCCGGAGAGUUGACGCUGGUGCACCGCAGGUUCUCGCGACACCAUGACAACAAUAACAUGGCCAAGAGGAGGUACGACGUGUAUCGACUGGAUCCGGGCGCCGGGACUUUGUGCCGGGUCAACAGCUUUGGCGGCGACGGACAUGCCUUGUUCAUCGGCAUGUAUUGCUCUCUCUCGGUGCCUACCAAGAUCUUCCCUUCUGGCUCCAUUAGAGGAGACACCGUCUACCUCAGCUUCGACAUUCCAGAGAGGAACAAAACUGAGGGCUACCAUCUUGCAGACAGAAGCGCCAUUAGCAGCGAUAUCCUCAACUCCCGCUCGGCGCUGCAGCCGCAUAAUCUUGUCGACUGUCUCUCCUUGUGCACUACUGGUCGGAUCUGGUGUCACUUCGAAAAACAUCUUGUCAGUCGUUGUAGAUGAUAUUGCUCCUCUUUUUCAUUUGUGGCAGGAUAAUGGGAAGCAAAAUGUGUGUGCGGUUAAUCAAUCCGUGGCUUUGGUUAAAAACAAAACCGAGGUGGUACUCUGUGGCUUCGAACCAUGGGAAGUCAUCUUGUAAGUGGUGCUCUGCUUCUACUCGCUCUUUGAACCCUGGAAGUUUAGCAUGGUAACCCGAACUGUACAAUUGUGCUCUUUGAAUCACACU